CCCUUUCGUUCCCGACUCAAGGUUUCGAUUCCUUGACUCUUCAUUCAAACUCCUCAAAACCCUUCUCAGCUCGAGGCUUGCUCACUUACGACACACACCCUGCACCAUGCCACGCGCAGAGGCCGGUAGCACCAAGGCCAUCGGAAACAAGAUCAAGAGCAAAGGACUUGGGAGAUUGAGAUGGUACUGCCAGGCAUGUGAACGGCAAAUGCGGGACGAGAAUGGCUUCAAGUGCCAUGUUCAAAGCGAAGCACAUGUCCGGCAAAUGCUACUCAUCGGCGAAGAUCCCAAAAAACACAUUAAACAGUUCUCCAACGAGUUCAUGAAGAACUUCGUUGAUCUCUUGAAAACGACACACGGCGAGAAGCAGGUCAACGCAAAUCAUUUCUACCAGCAAGUCAUCGCGGACAAGACCCACAUCCAUAUGAAUGCUACGGAAUGGAAGUCGCUAUCACAAUUCACCGCAUACUUGGGGCGGAACGGAAUCUGUCGAGUAGAGGAGACAGAAAAGGGCCUAUUCAUCUCAUGGAUCGACAACAGCCCGGAGACGAUGCGCCGACGCGAGGCGGUCAUGAAGAAAGAACGACAAGAUAAAGGCGACGAAGAGCGUGAGCAGCGCUUGAUUCAGGAGCAAGUUGAGCGGGCGCAGCGCAACGCGCGGGAAAAGCAGAAGGAAGAAAUCGCGGAGGAAAGACUGCUACAGCGGGAAGAUGGCGAGAAAUUGAAGCUGAAUUUCGGAUUCGGCGCGAAGCCCAGGCCAGAUACCAACCCAGCGUCACCUCAGGCGACGGUUACAGCGGUGGAGGAGUCCUCUGAUGCCAAGGAUUCUCCUGCUCCGACGGAUACGGAUUCAUCAACCCCAGCUCCUUCUCAGGCCCCCGCCAAGAUUUCAAUGUCCUUUGGUGGCGUGCAAAAACCGAAGAACGUGUUUGCUUCGGGCCCCAAGAAGAAUCCGCUGGCUGGGAAGAAGGGAUCUGUGCUGGCACAACCCAAGAAGAUGACGGAGCAGGAGAGGAUCAUGAAAGCUGAGAUGGAGGCUGCUGAGCGCAAGCGCUCUAGACCGGACUCUGUGUUCAACUCGAAGCGGCCAAAGCUUGCAUAGGCUUUUCAUCGUGGUUGACCGGUCUGGUCCUCGGGCGGAUCCUUUCUUUUGCUUCUUUAUUAUACCCUGUAUCCUGCACGAAAUAGAUUAUCUCAUCCUCUACAAUAGAGACACAUUACACGUACGAGGUCAACA